AUGGGACAAAACGACCAAGACGACUGCAUCACCAAUCCGUUUCAUUGGAAAGACGAAAAUGAUGGAUAUGCUUACGGAUACGAUGAGUUACCUCGCGACUUCAUUGACUCCCUCAGUGCUGAACAAAAAGCAAAGCUCCAGGAACUCAAGGAAAAGAACAAGGAGUUCGCUGCUACGCUCACCAAGGAUCAACAGGAUCUUAUGCGAAGAUGA